AUGUCUCUUCAUAGCCGAAACUCCAGUGGAAGCAGCCACGUUUCUCUUCUCCGUCUUCCUAGCCCCAUUGCGCUAGAUGAAGAUCAUACCUUCUCCAAAUCAUCUCUCUACCCCCUGGACCACACAGACUAUGAACCAUGUCGCAAGAGGAUCAUUAACACCAGCUUCGGUGCCCGUCAGAUCAUCCGUUUCAUCAACCAUCUUGAGACCCAUGAUCCUGCACAGCACGACGCCGCGGUGAAGAGACUUGUCGAGAUUGGUGUCGAUGUGGAUGACCUGAUUCGUCUCUCGAAGUGUCGUCCUGAAGUUCCAUGGGAGGAGUCUUGGCCGUAUAACUGGGAGAAGAAGCAGGGCCUGGUGCUAGGAUAUAUGAAGAGGAACUUGCCUCGUUGGAUUGCGAUUAUGAAGAAGAGUGAGGCUCGGAAGGCUGCUGAGGCUAUGGGUGAAGCUUCUGAAGAAUAUGAUUCAGAUGAUUACAUCACUGCUGAUGAGAUGGAUGAGACUGUAGUUACCCUCGGGAAAGACGCUCAUCCAAAGGAAGAGGUGCAGGGUGGUGUGAAUAGCGAAGAGGCGAAAGGGUCACCACCUAAGGACGAUGACAUCUAUAGUGAGUCGCGUAUUCCUAAAGGUUCUAUUACUCUCAGGGAAUUGAUUGCGUCCUAUCGCAAGGCCCAUGCGGAGCAGAAACGAGCUGAACGGAUGCAGAACACGAAGGAGGAGUUUGACGUCUGA